AUGGAUCAGAACGUGGGUCAGAACGUGGGUCAGAACGUGGAUCAGAACGUGGGUCAGAACGUGGGUCAGACCAUGGGUCAGAACGUGGGUCAGAACGUGGAUCAGACCAUGGAUCAGAACGUGGGUCAGAACGUGGGUCAGAACGUGGAUCAGAACGUGGGUCAGAACGUGGAUCAGGCCGUGGAUCAGGCCACCGUGGAUCAGACCGUGGAUCAGACCGUGGAUCAGAACAUGGGUCAGAACGUGGGUCAGAACGUGGAUCAGACCAUGGAUCAGAACGUGGGUCAGAACGUGGAUCAGAACGUGGGUCAGAACGUGGAUCAGACCGUGGAUCCGAACGUGGAUCAGACCGUGGAUCAGACCGUGGAUCAGAACGUGGGUCAGAACAACGCGGAUCAGACCGUGGAUCAGAACGUGGGUCAGAACGUGGAUCAGAACGUGGGUCAGAGCGUGGAUCAGAACGUGGGUCAGAACGUGGGUCAGAUCGUGGAUCAGAACGUGGAUCCGAAUGUGGAUCAGACCGUGGAUCAGAAGGUGGAUCAGAUCGUGGAUCCGAAUGUGGAUCAGAACAUGGAUCAGAACGUGGGUCAGAACGUGGAUCCGAACGUGGAUCAUAACGUGGAUCCGAAUGUGGAUCAGACUGUGGAUCAGAACGUGGAUCCGAAUGUGGAUCAGACCGUGGAUCAGAUUGCGGGUCAGAAUGCGGAUCAGAAGGUGGAUCAGAUCGUGGAUCCGAAUGUGGAUCAGACUGUGGAUCAGACCGUGGAUCAGAACGUGGGUCAGAACGUGGGUCAGAACGUGGGUCAGAACGCGGGUCAGAAGGUGGAUCAGAUCGUGGACCCGAAUGUGGAUCAGACCGUGGAUCAGAACUUGUGUUAG